UCAAUCAAUCAUGUAUGAUCAUCACCAAUCAUCAUCAUUGAUGUUGACGGAAAAUCAUCAUAUUGGAUGGAAAAUGGAUCGAUUACCAUUGAAGAAGAGAAUUAUUCGUUAUGCUAAUUUUGCAUGUUCAUCAUCAUCAUCAUCAUCAUCAUUGUUUAAUUAUCAGAUUGAUUAUCAUACAGGAUAUCGACCAUCGCCAUCACCGACAACAUCGGAAACUGGUUCAUUAGAUAGUGGAUUUUCGGAACAAUCUAUGAACAUUGAACCAUUGGAUCUUUCAUAUCAUAAUCAUCAACAAUCACCGAUUGCGUCACCAAUUAGUACCGAUUCUGAAACAAUAAUUGAUGAUGAAAGUAUGAAAAGCAAAAAUCAACAACAACGAUUAGUAUGUCCAAGCUGUAAUAAAGUUUAUGAAUCAAAUUCUCGUUAUCGUGCACAUAUACGAAGACAUGAAAGCAAACAAAGUGGCCGAUAUCAAUGUAAUAUUUGUCAAAAAAAUUUUGUACAACGUUCCAGUCUUCGUACCCAUAUACGGAUACAUACGGGUGAAAAACCGUAUCAUUGUUCUAUUUGUGAUCAACGUUUUGGUGAUUUUUCCACCUAUACAAAACAUCGUCGUACACAUACAGGUGAGAAACCAUAUCAAUGUCCUGCCUGUUUUCGUUCAUUCUCACAAUCGGGUAAUAUGCAUCGACAUUUAAAAGUUGUACAUAGGCCACGCCCUAGCCUAUAUAAAAAAUGGAAUCAUCAUCAAAAUAAUGUUGUUGUUGUUGUUGAACAUGCACCAAUUUAGUGACAUUUAUUUUUUUAUCAAUGAUGAUGAUAAUACUACUACACUUUUUGUUUGUCUGUGUUAUAGCCUUCAUUCAUCACACAUUUUUAUUCA